AAUAUUAAUUUUUGUGUGUCUUGUUUUUUAUAUCCCGCCAAUAAAUGUACUGACCUUGUUAUUGUAAUUGUGAUAUUUUGUUGUUUGUGAAUUUUCUAUCAUAAAUGAUUCAAGUCCAGUGAAUUGUCCAUUAAAAUUUGGAUUAAAUAGAUAAUAUUAAAUUGUGUGUGGGCAUCAUAUCAAAACGGUAGGAGAGUGUAGGGCCAGGUGAUCUAGAUCAUCAUCAUCUAGGGCUAACCGUUAAAGUUUACAUGAUUAUUUUACAAAAAAAAAAAAAACAACAACAACAAAUUAACCUCAGCAAUCUAUCAAACACACAGUAGCGAAUGUCUUUUGUUUUUUUUUGAUAUAAACAAUUAACUUUAAUAAACAAAUAAACAUGUCACAGUACACAGGAAAACAUGGAUAUUGUAAUGCCAUAUUUUCAAGUUCACCUAUUAAUUUCAACAAAGAAAAUAAACUACCUAAAGUAUUGCCGGGAUGUACAAGCUAUCCAGAUUUAACAAAUGAACAAGCCAUGAAUCAAAUAAAAAAUUUAACAAAAAGUAAAUCAACACUUGAAUCAAUAACACCUAAAAAAAAUGGUUCAACAAGAAAACUAAAUAAUGAAAAUAACAAUAGACCAUUAACAAAUUCAGACAGAUCAACAUCAAUGACAACAUUACAAAAAGUUGAAUUAAAAUUAUCACGUAAAUCAAUGUCUGAUGAAAAGCUAAAAACACCAUCAUCAAAACAAAAAAUAUCAUCAUCACGUUUAUCAAAUGAUAAAACACCAGUUACACAUUUUUGUAGUACUACUAAAAAUAAAAAUUCAAUUAAAAAAACAACAACAGGAAUAACAACAACAACAACAACAUCAACAAAUAUUGGUGGAUCAUUUAGAACACCAAAAAGAUUUUUUAGUGAUCAUAUAACAGCACAAUCAACACCAGAAUGUUUUGGUAAUGUACAAAUUGAAACACCAAGAGGUAAAUCAGAUCAUGGAGUUGAUGAACAAACAAUUUGUGAAGGUGAAAGUAGUAAUCUAACUGUUGGUAUUCGUGUGAGACCAAUGAGUUUAAAAGAAUUGAGUGAACCAAAAGUAAUUCCAAUUGUUAAAGUUGAAGGACAAAAUGUUAUUGUUGAUUGUGAAUCAGCCCAACAUACAUUUAGUUAUGAUCAUUGUUUUAUAUCACGUGCUGAUUGUUAUUCACCUCGUCAUUCAAGUCAAGAUAAAGUAUUUAAAACACUUGUUUUACCACUUGUUAAUAAUGCAUUUGAAGGAUACAAUGUUUGUUUGUUUGCUUAUGGACAAACUGGAUCUGGUAAAAGUUACAGUAUGAUGGGUUCUGAUACAAAUCAAACAUCAUUAACAAAUUUAUCAUCAGAUGCUGGUAUAAUACCAAGAUUUUGUCAUGAAAUAUUUACACGUUUAUCUAAAAAUCAUGAUAUUACAACGACAAUUGACAUAAGUUAUUUUGAAAUAUAUAAUGAAAAAAUACAUGAUUUACUUGGUAAUACAAGCAAUAAUACAACAACGAAUAACAAUAAUAAACGUGCACCAUUAAAAGUACGUGAACAUCCAGUUUAUGGUCCAUAUGUUGUUGAUUUAAGUCAACACAGUAUUAAAAAUUAUGAUGAUUUACAAAGUUGGUUAAAAGUUGGUAAUUCACAAAGAGCAACAGCAGCAACUGGUAUGAAUGAAAAAAGUUCAAGAUCACACAGUAUAUUUAGUAUCAUAUUAACACAAUCUAAAAAACAAGAACAUACUGGUAAAACAAAUGUUGAAAUAAGCAAAAGAAGUAAAAUUAAUCUUGUUGAUCUUGCUGGAAGUGAAAGACUAAGCCAAACUUGUGCCAGUGGUGAUCGUCUACGUGAAGGUGUAUCAAUAAAUAAAUCAUUAUUAAUAUUGGGAAAAGUUAUUGGAUCACUUGCUGAAAAUACAAGCAACACAAAACGUGGAUUUGUUCCAUAUCGAGAAUCAGUAUUGACAUGGCUAUUAAAGGAAAGUCUUGGUGGUAAUUCAAAAACAGCAAUGUUAGCAACUGUGUCACCAAGUAGCCUUCAUUUGGAGGAAACAUUGGCUACCCUUCGUUAUGCAUGUCAAGCUAGAUCAAUUGUUAAUCGUGUAAGAAUUAAUGAAGAUCCACAUGACAAACUGAUAAGAGAACUCAAGGCUGAAGUACAAAGACUUCGUGGUGUACGUGAAGGAUAUGAAAGACAACUUGGUCCAAGACGUAUACUUGAUGAUGUUGAUUUACCAAAUGACAAUUCAUGUGAAGUCAAAAAUAAACAAAUGGAAAUUGAAAAAUUACGUGAUCAAUUAAAACGCACUGAAGAACAACUCGCUAUUUCACAAAAGUCACGAUCAGAACGUUUGAAGGAUGCUGAGGAUAAUAAAAAUACUGAAUUACAAUUAUUACGUCGUUGUGGUAUUGCAAUUGCAAUUGAUAUUAAUAAAAAUACUGAUCCAUGUCUGGUUAAUUUAGCACCAGAUCCAAUGUUAUCUGGUACAUUAUUGUAUUUAUUACCACAAGGAAUAAUUCGUAUUCGUCGUCAAAAUAAUAAAAACAAAGAUAAGCUGAUAAACACUAAGGACAUUCUACUGGAUGGACCACUUGUAUCAUCAUUGCACUGUACAAUUGAAAAUGACAAUGGCUGUUUGACAUUGACACCGGAAGGAAAAAGUGAGACAUACGUCAAUGGACAGAUUGUGGCGGAAAAAGUUUAUUUGAAAAAUGGUGAUCGUCUUGUUAUUGGUGGCAAUCAUUAUUUCAAAGUUUGUAAUCCAAAUGACCCAAAUAUACCAACGUCAUUACAACCAGUUGAUUUCGAUUUUGCACAUCAAGAGAUACUUGCAAUACAAGAAGAAAAAUUACGAGCUGAAAUUGAAGAAUCAAAACAAAAGGCAAUAAAAGAAUUGGAAAAUGCUAAAACAGAAGUUGAAAAACAAUUGGGUUUACAAAAAAAAAAUUAUGAAUUCGAAAUUAAAAAAUUAGAUAAAACAUUAAAACAACAAAAAGAAACACUUGAUGCUGUUAAUAAACGUAAACAUGAGCUUGAAGUUGAAAAAGAAAUAUUAUCAUAUGAAAUUGAAAAAAAUAAUAAAACUAAAAUUAAUGAUAAUAUUAAUGAUUAUACUGAUGAUUCAUCAGUAACAAAAUAUAAAUCAAAUUUUUUAUUAGAACUUGAAAGAAUAUUAAAUGAAACAACAGCUGAUGUUGAGAGUGUUUUAACAGUUGCAUCAAGUGAAAAGGCAAUAACAGCUGGUGGUAUUACACUUCAUGAAAUGCAAUUAUUAGUUAGAGAAGCUACUGAACGUUGUCGAGACAUUGGACUAAAUUAUGAAUUUUUACAACAAAGACAAGUAGUUGAUAAGGAACUUGUGCCAAUAAUUAGAAUACGUGAUAAAGAUAAAAUGCAAGAAAUUUUUUGGAAACCAAUGUAUUUUCUUGACUGGAUUCACCGUCUUCGUGAUUUUGAUGAUGAAGAUACAAUAAAAGAUCUGCUAAAUUACGAAGAUGAUUGGGAGCCAUUUGAAAGUGAUAGUACAUUACCAGAAUAUACACUUGAUGCAAGUAGAAUAUCAAUAAAUUUAACACCAGUUAAAAAACAAUUAAACGAAAGUAUUCAUCAAUUAUCAAUGAACAGUUCAUUUCUUGAUACGAGCAUUGAUAAAACAACAGAUUCAAUUUUAACAAAAAGACAUGAAGAUAUGAAUGCAUGUUUAUUACAAAUGGAAUUAGCAACAAAAACAUUAGGUAAAUUAUGUCAUCAGUAUGAAAAGCCUGAGACAAGUUGUCAAGUUACAAAAUCACUUGAUAAAGUUGAAAUUUUAAUAAAUACAUUACGCAAUGUAUUAAAUACAAAACAUUCAACUAAAAAUAAUAAUAAUAAUAAUAAUAAUGAUCAUGAUGAUAAUAAAAUAAGUGAAUUAAAUAGUAAAAUUAUUGAAAAUUCGAUUGAUGAUGAUAAAAAAAUUAAUUAUAGAGAAAAAUUACAAGAACCAUUGAUAACAAAUAAAAAAUUAUCAUCACGUGAUUGUCCAUUUUUUCAAGAAUCAUCAUCAGCUAAAUCUGUUAGAUUUAAUCUUCAAUAA